UUUUGUUAUAUCUGUUUUGUCUCUCUCUCUCUCUUUAUCGUUUACUUUCGCUCAUGAGCAACAGCUAAUCUUCCCACUCCUUCUCGAGACUGUAUUCUGGGCUCCGUUAACUCCUGUGCCGAACAAAGACCCGUUUAAACCACAAAAGCUCCGAAAACAGCAAUGAAUUCCGAGGAGAGAACUCUUGUUGAAAUCUUAGAUGAGAAUAAGAUCGACCUUGCCAAGUACAUAAACUAUGUCAGUGUCCCAGAAGCUGGUGCCAUAGCCACGUUCUCCGGCACAACGCGCGACACUUUUGAAGGGAAAACAGUGGUUGAACUAAGAUACGAAGCAUACGUACCGAUGGCUAUUCGUAACCUCAAGUCUAUCUGUUACUCUGCUAGAUCAUCCUGGGAUCUCCGUUCUAUUGCGGUUGUCCACCGGUUAGGCACGGUUCCUGUAGGAGAGACAAGUGUGUUUGUUGCAGUAUCGGCUACUCAUCGUGCUGAUGCUUUAGAUGCAUGCAAGUUCUUGAUCGACGAGUUGAAGGCAUCUGUUCCGAUUUGGAAGAAGGAGGUUUAUUCUAACGGAGAAGUCUGGAAGGAGAAUGCAGAAUUUCUCGAGCGUAGGUCGGAACUCAGUAAGGAUGGCGGAUCUUGCCGAAGGAAGGUUGAGACCGAGGCACAUGAUAAUAAGGGUUGUUGCAAAGCCAAGGUCAAGGUGGAAGAAGCAGCUGAUACUAGCACUAGCUAAGCUAAUUAAAGACAAUCGAUCAAAUUCCGAGAUUAAUUCAGCUGGUUCAUGCAAUCACUUUUAAGCUUAUGGACUCUUUUCCGUAUCGAUUAUCGACUUCGAUCCAAUUCGAGUUUUUUUUAUUAAUCGUCUAAUAGAUGUACUGAACUAUGAAGUUGGACUAAUUUGGAAACAUUGGGCAAUGUAGCCUCCAAAGAAGAUUGAUGUUCUA